UCGCGGCGCAGCCGCACCGGGGAAGGCUCCGGGAGGGGGCACCGCCUGCAAUCGGCGGCGGCUGCGCAGUGCUGGGGAGGCAAUGGAGGAGAGGCUGAGGGCUGUGCGCGCACGGGUGCGCUCCUUCCCCGACUUCCCCGUGCCCGGAGUGCUGUUCCGAGACAUCAGCCCCUUGCUGAAGGAUCCCGUGGCCUUCAGGGCUCUGAUUGAUCUGCUGGAAGAUCACCUGAGGACGUCUUUGCCCCCCAUCGACUUCAUUGCAGGUCUGGACUCCCGCGGCUUCCUCAUAGGCCCCCCUCUGGCUCAGAGGCUGGGGGUGGGCUUCGUGCCCAUCCGAAAGAAGGGGAAGCUUCCCGGGCCGACCGAGUCCGUCUCGUACACCCUGGAGUAUGGCGAGGCUGCACUUGAAAUCCAGAGCGACGCCGUGGAACCGGGGCAGAAAGUAGUAAUUGUGGAUGAUUUGCUUGCGACUGGAGGUACGAUGCGAGCAGCCUGCGAGCUGGUGAGGAGGCUGAAGGCGGAGAUCCUGGAGUGCCUGGUGAUCAUAGAGCUGAAAUUCCUGAAAGGGGUGGAAAAGCUCGAGUCCGUCCCCUUCUUCUCCCUGCUCCAGUACGACUGAGGCUCAGGCUGCGGACGGAGGCUGCAGGGUGCUCGCUGCCAGCCCCGGCCCCCUCCUCCUGCGUUGAAGUUGUCUCUGGCUUGAUGCCACGAGGGGGUGGGCAGGGGAGAACCUCCAGUUUGGGUCUGAACUCUAUCCAGAUGCUCCACGAGAGUAAGUCCCAGUCAUUUUCCACGCCACAGAUCAAAGCGUAUUCAGCGCACGGAUCCUUUUUUGGGUUCAUCCCGCUGGAAAUAGGGAACAGACUGCCGGGGGGAGGGAGGGAGACCACAAAGGGGUAGAUUAUUUUUUUUUAUUAUUAUUAUUUUUUAGGAUACCAAAGUGAAAAUGUUGCUGCUGAGGCAGGGCAGGGCUGAGAGCUUUUUGGGGCCCAGCACGUGCUUUUGUUUGAGCCGUACGUGGCCAGCCUCCUUUCAGGGGGUUCCUAAAAAACUCAGAAGGUGGGCACAAGGUGAUGAUUUGUCUCGGGGUGACCUGACGUACCUGCCCCCGGAGGAAAAGCUGCCAAAGCACCAGCUGAGGCAGCGUGAUGGACUGAGGAGGGCUCAGCAGAGCUCCCCAUCGCGUGGUUCAGGUCAGCCCCAAGAGCAGACAGGACUCAGCGUGCCAAAAUUUGCACCACUGAACGCAGCACAGCCUGCAGCCCCGCCUCAGCAGGAGCUAAACCCACUGGUAAAAUAAACCUCGACUUCUUUUUAUUUUUUCUAAA